UAACUAUGUGCCAAAACAUUUGGAGUCUGGCUGAUCGGCCUGUCAUCGUCAAUGCUGCAACAUCCUUUGAGCAGUCAAACGUCCAUCCUUGACACGUACAGCGACCAUGGGUGAUGCCGCGCGACUCAACCCACCCUGCACGUUGCUUCGUGUCAGCGGUGUCAACAUUGUCAAUGCUGCCGGCGAGCAAGUCGUGCUCAAGGGCGCGGGGCUCGGCGGGAUGCUGAACAUGGAGAACUUCAUUACUGGCUACUCUGGCCACGAGCACGAGCACAGAGCCACCCUCGAGGAGGUGCUCGGCAAGGACAAGGCCGACUUUUUCUUUGCUCGCCUGCUCCACCACUUCUUCACCGAGGAUGACGCGGCGUUGUUCGCGUCGCUCGGCUUCAACUGCCUGCGGGUGCCAUUCAACCACCGGCAUUUCAUGGACGACGACAACCCGAGCGUGAUCAAGCAGUCCGGCUUCGAGCUGCUGGACCGCAUCGUCAACAUCUGUGCCCAGUACAACAUCUACGUCGUGCUGGAUCUCCACACCGCCCCUGGCGGCCAGAACCAGGACUGGCACAGCGACUCGGGCGUCCACCGCGCUCUGUUCUGGGAGUUUCGCGACUUCCAGGACCGCGUCAUCCAGCUGUGGGAGGCUCUCGCAGCCCACUACGCCGGCAAUCCCUUCAUCGCCGGCUACAACCCGCUCAACGAGCCCGCCGACCCGAAGCACACCCGCCUCAUCAGCUGGUACGAGCGAGCCGAGAAGGCCAUCCGCGCCGUCGACCCAGACCACAUGCUGUUCCUCGACGGCAACACCUACGCCAUGGACUUUUCCCAGUUCCCCGUCGACAAGCCGCUGCCCAACACCGUCUACAGCUGCCACGACUACAGCGGCAUGGGGUUCCCGCUGCCCGAACAGUACGAGGGCACCGACCAGCAAAAGGCCAAGCUGCGCUCGAGCUUCAAGCGCAAAGUCGAGUUCAUGCAGGCCGCGGGUGUGCCGAUCUGGAACGGCGAAUGGGGUCCCGUGUACCAGGACCCGCGGACGGACCCGCGCGCGGCCGAGACAAACACCAAGAGAUUCGCGCUGCUCAAGGAGCAGCUGCAGGUCUACCGCGAAUUCGGCGAUGUCUCGUGGAGCAUCUGGCUCUACAAGGACGUCGGAUACCAGGGCAUGGUGUACACGGACCCGGAGAGCCCAUACAUGACUCUGAUCCAGCCGUUCAUCGAGAAGAAGCAGCGCCUGGGACUGGACUUUUGGGGAAUCUGCGACAAGAGCGGCAUCGACAACGAGGUGUAUGGGCCCUUUAUCGCCAAGCUGAAGGAGUCGAUUCCCGAACACCUGCACAAGAAAAAGUACCCCAAGACGUGGACGUUUGACCGCCAGGUUGAGCGCGUGGUGCGGGAGAUGCUCAUGAGCGAGUACAUGGGCUGGGAAAUGGCCGAGCUCUUCCGCGGCAAGACCGAGGAGGAGCUCGAGGUCCUUGCUGCCAGUUUUGCGUUGAAGAACUGCAAGACCAGAGACGAGCUCAACAGUAUUCUUACACUGGAUGCGGAAAGAUCAUCAUCUGGUUCGAGAUAGUUGGUCAAAGCCGCAUGUUGAUAGCAUCCGUCAAUCUCUAGCGAAA